AUGGCCACAGAAACCCCCACAACCUCCCAUCUCACUCCCACAUCCAUCUCCCCCACUCCCCUCCCUUCAACCCCCUUCACCCCCCACGACGGCAACCUCUUCCCCAAAUGGCCCACCCACCUCAGCCCCACAGCCGUCGAGACCUGGCUCUUCGACGGCAUGGCCUCCGACGGCAGCGCAGCCUUCACAGCCUCCUUCUUCCGCGACGGCUCUCAAGCUCCCAACCCGUACCGCGUCGCUAUCAACGCCCUCUGGGCGGAUGGCACGGCUUGGUCGCAGCAUUUGGUCACGCCGGAGUCGGUGGUGGAGGUGCAUGAGGGGGGGAGGGUUACUGGUGUGUGGCGGACUACUGGCGAGAGUACUCCGGGUAUUACCGCGUCGUUUGAUGUGGCUGGUGACUUGUCCACCGCGACGGUGACGUUCAACGCGCCAGGGCGUAUCACAGGGACGCUAACCCAGCGUUCGCGGGGGUAUACCACCCUCCCAGCCACGGCCCGCGAAGCAGAAGUUGCUCCAGGCGCCUACUGGAUGCGUCCCAUCGCCGUAGCCGACAUCGACGCCGACCUGACCCUGUUCAUCAACGACCCGGCCUAUCCACCUCCACCCCCUACCAAACCGGGCCAACCCCCUUCCCAUCCUCCUGUGCCUACAAUCCCUAAACAAUUUCUCCUCACCUCUUCUUCUUCUCCAUCCACCACCGACGUCACCACAGACACAGACGCCAACAACAAAGAAGAAAAAGGAACGUUCGGCGGCCUCGACCGCUCCUGGCUCCCCCUCGUCUGGACGCACGAAUCAACCGACGCCCUCUUCAUCCGCGCCCGCGCCGGGCCUUACGACAUAGCACUCAUGCGCCUCGUCGCCAAAGCCCACAAAUACUACCAGCCCACCGUCUCUGCGGCUCUCUACCGCGAUGGCCGCUUGAUCUCCCGUGCUUUGCACGCUUUACCGUCUGAUCGGAGGGAUGAUGCCACGACGGCGGAUGCGGUGAGGACCGAGAGGGUUUAUGAGGGCGGGGGGUUGAGGGGGGGGUUUAGGAAUGGGAAUGGGGGGGUUGUUGUUGAUUUCAGGGGGAGUGGC